AUGGCGGCGAUGACGAUGGCUGCCGUGUUAGGGCUACGGCGUCUCCUGGUGGCCGGUUCGAGCCUGAGCAGGCGGAGAUUGAGGAAUCCUCUGCUGCCUUUUGCGGUUCCUAAGCUUGAUCAUCACUUGACAUAUUCUCGCAGCUACAUACCCCGGAGAGCUGUUCUCUAUGUGCCUGCAGACGAUGAGCGAAAGAUGCAAAAGAUCCCAUCUCUCAAUGUGGAUUGUGCGGUGCUGGAUUGUGAAGAUGGCGUAGCUCUAAAUAGGAAGGUAGAAGCAAGAAUGAAAUGUGUGAAAGCACUUGAAGAAUUUGAGUUUGGUCAGACGGAGAAGUGUGUUAGGAUCAAUUCAGUGUCCAGUGGUCUUGCUGAAGAAGAUAUGAAAAUCAUUUUGGACUCCAACAUUCUUCCUACAAGCCUGAUGCUACCCAAAGUUGAAAGUGUAGAGGAAAUAAGAUGGUUUACAGAGAAAUUUGCGUGCCACUUAAAAGGCAGAACACUUGUAGAACCUAUGAAUUUCAUUCCUUUUGUGGAAACAGCAAUGGGGUUGCUCAAUUUUAAGGCAGUUUGUGAAAAAACCUUGAAGAUGGGACCCCAAGUUGGCCUUUAUUUGGAUGCAGUAGUCUUUGGAGGUGAAGAUUUUCGUGCCAGCAUAGGUUCAACGAGUAGUAAAGACACCCACGAUAUUCUUUAUGCCAGGCAAAAAAUUAUCGUCACAGCAAAAGCGUUUGGCUUGCAGGCCAUAGAUCUUGUAUAUAUUGACUUUCAGGAUGAAGAGGGUCUCCGCAAGCAGUCAAGAGAGGGUGCCUUAAUGGGCUUCACUGGUAAGCAGGUGAUUCACCCUAAUCAAGUUGCUGUUGUCCAGGAACAGUUCUCACCCAGUGCUGAAAAAAUUAAGUGGGCACAAGAACUGAUUGGAGCUUUUGAAGAACAUCAGCGCCUAGGAAAGGGUGCCUUCACUUUCCGUGGCAGCAUGAUAGACAUGCCAUUACUGAAGCAGGCCCGGAACAUUGUUACGCUUGCCACAGCCAUCAAGAAAAAAUGAUCUGCUAAAUGAACCUUCCCCCUAGGAGGGCUCUAGGAGCUGUUAAAUAAUACUCGGAGAAAGAAACAUGUAACAGUUCACACUUCAACAGAACUCUGUUUACAUAUCCUACUGCUUGCCAGAUAUUUGUCUUACUUAUUGUGGAGCAUAGUGGUAAGUUCUGCAGCCCUUUCCCUAUGAAAAACGGUUUUUUAUGACUGAACUGAAAGCAAAAUUGGUUCGUCUGGGAAAUGGGUGCAUUAAAAUCAAUUAACAACAUGGACUCUGAUUAAUUUUUGUCUCAAAAAGCCUCAAAAACCUGUAGUCGGCACUGUGAACUUGAAAUUGCGGACAGAGCUUUUGUACCUUUUCUGGUGGGAUACAAGAGAGUCUUUUGGCAGGUGCAGUUUGUCAUUCAAGAGACAGAAAAACUGCCCCUGCUUAAAAUUCCCUCUUCUAUACAAUGACCUGGUUUGCAUGUAAUGGCACCAAAUUGUGGCUUAACUAAUUAACCAAUGAUUUGCCGGCUUGCGUGCCUGGUGUAUGACACUGCUGCUUUGCAUAAUCAACCCG